ACCUGCAGAUCUUGGACCUCCCCAAUUAUUCUCCCACAGCUUUCUUUUCAAAAGGAAGAAAAUAGAACUUCAUAUUAACCACGUGACCGCGCGGCUGUUUCGCUCCUGAUAAGCACGCGUAUCCCACCAUGACCGACAUAGCACCAACCCCACCCUCAUCCUCGACAGAAACCACCUUUCGCUCCUUCAGCCACGCGCAGGGCACAAACUACGCGCAGAACCGACGCGAUUACCACUCAAAAUUGUAUCAAAUUAUUAUUGAUUAUCAUACAUCCAAUGGUGGCGAACUCAACACUAUUCUUGAUGUCGGCUGCGGUCCUGGCACGGCUGUCCGUACACUCGCACCGCGCUUUUCUCAUGCCAUCGGCAUUGAUCCGUCGGAAGGGAUGAUCACCACUGCUCGGUCUCUCGGGGGUGUCUCAUAUAACUCAGAAGCCAUCCGCUUCGACAUCUCCACCGCUGAAGAUCUCGGCUCCAAUCUCUCAUCGCCCAUUCCAGAUGGCAGCGUCGACCUUAUCACCGCUGCCACUGCCGCCCAUUGGUUCAACAUGUCAGGCUUCUGGCCCCGAGCCGCUCAGGUGCUCAAGCCAGGCGGCAGCGUUGCGAUAUGGACCAGUGCCUCCUUGCGUGUUCAUCCGUCCACACCGAAUUACGCCGCCGUUCAGUCUGCCAUAGACAAGCACGAGGAUGUGCUCAAGGACUACAUGGUGUUAGGCAACAGGCUCUCCCGCGACCUGUAUGUUGAUCUGCAUCUACCUUGGGCACUCCCAACACCUGUGUCAGAGUUUGAUGAAGGAACCUUUUUACGGAAGGAGUGGGGUACUGGCCGAGACCCAGAGCUUGGCGACCAGUUCUUCGCUCACCAAGCGCCGGUAGACUUAGACACACUGGAGUUGGUGCUAGGUACGACGAGCCCCGUUACGAGGUGGCGAGAGGCUCAUCCCGAUGCUGUCGGCACCGAACGUGACGCGGUGAGGAUGAUACGAAGGGAAAUUGAACGGGCAUUGCACGAUGCUGGUGUGGAGGAAGGGAAGGAGAUGGUGAAGGGAGGAGUGAAGGGGGUUUUGUUGAUGGUCAAAAGGAAAGCAUAGUCGUGACUGAGUCAUCCACUAGUACUUGAAGGAACAGGGUAAUAUUGCUCGGCAAUAAACCAACGAUGCCUCUGCCUCCUUUGGUUUACUCGUUCAAG